AUGUUUUAUAAUACAAUUAAUCGAUAUGUCUAUCGGAAUGGCAAUGCCAGAUUUGCUCCACAACUGAUUUGUUUGCAAUAAAAAUUUUGUUAGGACGCGUUACACCUGCCGCACAUGGAUACGAAGUCCAAUGAUGACUCUGGUGGCAGUGACUCCCUGGACAAAUCAAUGCAAAGGAAGUGUGUAAUGGUCGAGACAAGCGCUACAACAACGGAGCCCGCAGCGGAGACAGACAGCUGCAGCAGGGAUUCCGCUGCACUAAGAGAGUCGCCACCAGGCGAGCCAAAGACUGAUGUGUCCGGUGCUGAGUCGAACAUAGGUGAAAGUUCGACAGCGCUUAAAAGCGGCAGCAAUACAACGGCAGCCAGUGCUGCAUUUGAAACGAAAGUGAAACUCAUUUCCCAAAACCUCAAAGAGACAACACUGGCGGAAACGGAGGCAGAGGUGUCAACAUCGAACACAUCAAGCGACAUCGCUGAUGGUCAACUGAUAGAUGAUAUGGUGGAGCAACACAAUACAGACAGCUGCGACCAUCGUGUCAAAAAAGUACGAUUCCAUCCAGACGUCAAAGCAAACGAUGGUGGCAAUCGUGUCAAAAAGAAAAAACACUCGACGCGUAACAGUGCCAAUAAGGCAAAUCUUAGCUGUGAUGGCAUGGACAUGGAUGAUGAUGACGAUGAGUGCGAAGACGACGAAGACCCCCAGGAUGAGGAAGAGGAGGAAUUCAACUUGGCCAAGACAAUCGCCGAAGCGGAUGACUACUUAAAGCAGCAUCCGCUGACAUUUGUGCGGCGUGUCGAACAAAAUGGCGAGCGACUACGCGAUGGCCUGCUAAACAUUGAGGAUAUGCCACAGCUGGUGGAACGUGAGGUGAAAGCUGAUAAAAACAACGAAGAUGAUUUCUAUAAAAAGUGUAAGCCGGAGAACGGUAUAGAACGAGUAUUGGGCAAGGAGACAAAGGCGGGCAAGGUUGAGUUUCUGCUGCGAUACGAGAAUCAAGGCGGUCUCUUUUGGGAAUCAGAGGACUUUAUACGACGCAUGUGUCCAACUCUUUUAAAGGCCUAUGAGAAAAAUCGGGAGCGAAGGCAACAACGUCUAAUGCAUCAUGUUGCUAAGCGUCAGAGCCUACGUCAGAGAUAUACGGAUUUCUAGUAACAUAAAUAUAUAUAGCUUUUAGGAUUCGAAUUAGGUUCCGCAAGUAAUUGUAACAUUUUUGUAAUAUGGAGUAAAUGAUUUUCUUUUGUUGAACGAAA